AUGAGGGAGAUCGUCCACAUCCAGGCCGGCCAGUGCGGCAACCAGAUCGGGGCCAAGUUCUGGGAAGUGAUCAGCGAUGAACUGGAAUUGAUCCCACUGGGAACUACGUCGGGGACUCGGACCUCCAGCUGGAGAGGAUCAGCGUCUACUACAACGAGGCCUCCUCACACAAGUAUGUACCGCGAGCCAUCCUAGUAGACCUGGAACCCGGGACGAUGGACAGCGUCCGCUCUGGAGCCUUUGGACAUCUUUUCCGACCCGAUAACUUCAUAUUCGGACAGAGUGGUGCCGGUAACAACUGGGCGAAGGGUCACUACACGGAAGGAGCUGAACUGGUGGACUCUGUAUUAGAUGUUGUGAGGAAGGAAUGUGAAAACUGCGAUUGCCUCCAAGGAUUCCAGCUGACGCACUCUCUGGGUGGAGGCACUGGCUCUGGCAUGGGCACUCUACUCAUCAGUAAAGUCAGGGAGGAGUACCCAGAUCAACUAGCCACUCCAACCUACGGAGACCUUAACCACCUUGUCAGUGCCACCAUGAGCGGGGUCACCACUUCCCUAAGGUUCCCUGGACAACUCAAUGCCGAUCUGCGUAAACUGGCAGUCAACAUGGUACCCUUCCCACGUCUCCAUUUCUUCAUGCCUGGUUUUGCCCCCCUGACUGCCCGUCAAAUGUUUGACGCCAAGAAUAUGAUGGCAGCCUGUGACCCGCGCCACGGACGGUACCUGACAGUGGCUACCGUCUUCCAAGUUGCCGUGUGUGACAUUCCACCUCGUGGUCUCAAGAUGUCCUCCACAUUCAUCGGCAACAGCACCGCCAUACAAGAGCUUUUCAAACGCAUCUCCGAGCAGUUCACUGCCAUGUUCCGACGCAAAGCUUUCUUGCAUUGGUACACCCGGAGAGGGUAUGGACGAAAUGGAGUUCACAGAAGCCGAAAGCAAUAUGAAUGA